AUGCCGGCGAUCUCGAGUUUGUUCAGCCGCAAGGGCAAGAAGGGCAAGAAGGCGCCAUGGCCGGCCCUGCCGCCACCCCCCGCGGACCCCCCCGCUGCACCCCCGCGCCCGCGGCGCCUGCGCCCGCGCCCCGCCGCGCCCGCGACCCUGGCGCCGCCCGUGCCGGCGGGCACUGGGGCACCGUCGGGUGCACCAUCGGACCGAACGGAGCCGAUGGCGGAGGUGCUACCGAAUCCCAGUGUGGACUCUGAGAAGUCAGGGAAGGACGUGGAACUGGGCGAGAACAAGGUGGAGAGAUCACUGUCACCCAAGAAAGCAGAGGACAAGGCGAGAUCCAUCGUGGAUGAGCAGGCCACAGACAGAGGGAAAUUGAUGCUCAUGGUGCCAGUGCUACUGCUGGUGGUGGGUUUGGUGCUCACCCUCUUGCUGCUCUUCUUAGGUGCCAUGCCGGCAGCCGUGCAGACGGGCUUCGACUCGCAGCUUGGACGUGACGACCAACAGUCCUAUGGCUUGGGUGAUGUGAAAGAUUAG